GUAUAUUUAUAUAUUAUAUAGUGUAUAUUUGGUGGAUUUUACUGAAAUAUCAUUCGUAUUCAACAAUCCCCUAAUCCUUCCAUUUGUAGGUCAUGGAAUUGGUGAUGAAAAUCGUGAAGGGAAGUCGAACCGAAAGAAGGAGAAGGUCUGAAGGGAAGUCGAAUUGGAAGAAUGAGAAGGUCGCGAAUUGUUACAGUUCUGGGACUGAGUUUGUCGGAGUGGAGUUGGAAGAAGGUCGUGAGAAGAAGUUGUUGCAGUUGUCGAACAUAGGUUUUCUUUACAAAAGGCCUGGUUUCAUGACGAACUAUCAACAAGUGCAUGGUCUAGUAUGCCUAAUGAAGGCUGAUGUUAAAAAAAUAUUAGAAACGAAAUACAAGGUAGCAUGGAAUGGUAUGAGUGUGGAAGAUAAGGCGCCAUUUUAUGAGCAAAAAAAAUUACGCGAUUUGGAUUACUUCAAAAAGCGUGGAGGCUUAGCAGUGAACAAAAAGAAGAAGAAGAAGGUUAAAUACAAGGUUAAAAGUGGGUGAACAAAUACUCGAUCGCCAAAUUCAUUAACACAAUAUCCAAACUUGGAGAGGAAAAGAGGAAGGAUGUUGCAGAUAUAGGUUUCGGCAAUUUGCUAAACCUACAAUGUGACCAUUUGUCUACCCCACUCUUUGGCUACAUCAUUGGGCAUUUGGAGUUAGAGAAACAGCGCAUUAAACUUGAUGAUAAUAAGUAUCUCCCAAUUAAUGCAACUGAUGUCCACAACAUCCUUGGCUUACCUGCUGGAAUGAUAGACGUUCCUACAUGUCAGGCAUUUGAAGCCGAUUGGAUAAGUGAAUGUGGAUAUCGAAGUGGGUUGCAUGUAAAUGCGCUCAUGGAAAGGGUAGAAUAAUCUGAGCCCGACGAAGAUUUCAAAAAAGCCUUUGUGCUUUUUGCAUGUGUCGCUUUUCUAACACCUAAUGGAUGUUACAGUGCGCAUGUAAAAGAAUUAAAGGUUGUUCAUAAUGUGAAUGAAAUUAAGUCUUACAACUGAUGUACAUAUGUGCUUCAAACUUUAAUGGAUCACUUAGCUCAAUCUGAAGAAGAUGGGAAAAUAAAGCACGAGUAUACUAUUUUAUUAAUUGGUACAGUUUUGCGACCUAUUAACAUUAUUCAACAUACAUAAUGUAUCAGGAUCCAACUUCCUCAAUUAUAAAUAUUUAAUUUUGCUACAAAUAACAAAAUUAAUGAUUUCUUUAACC